CGGGGAGCUUCUGCGAGGCAGGCCACCUAUCAGGAGCUGUCCUGAAGACCGAUUGAGUCGAUAAGUCGAUAGAUAAGUCGAUAACCGAUACCCAAGCCACACACACGAGAUAUGUCGUUGCCAUACGCCUCGCCGGCCUCACAGCCGCUCACCGGUGUGUAUCACAGCCUGGACGACACGUUGCGGGUGGAAAUCAGACACUCCUUCAUCAAAAAGGUCGGAGAGAACAAGAGAGUGGCACGGCAGCAAAGGCAUCACGGCGUUGUUCAUCUUUGUGUAUGUUCCUGCAGGUCUAUGGCAUAUUGGCGGCGCAGCUGGCCGUCACCUUCGUGCUGGCGGCCUCCCUGACCAGUGCUGCGGCCCUUGCAUGGCUCCAAUCCCACCCCGCCAUCCUGUUCAUGGCCAUAGUUGUGCAGCUGGGCCUCUGCAUCAGCUUCAUGUGCUGCCCACACCUGCUCAGACAGUAAGAAAGACAGACACACAUGCAUGGCGCGCCAUGCACUCACUCUGUUGGUGACCAAACAGGUAUCCGACCAACUACAUCCUUCUGGGCCUCUUCACCGUCGCCGAAGGGUUCCUUAUCGGUGUGUGUAGUGAGAGAGACGAGGGAGGGAACACAAACCAGGCGGCAAGCGUGUGUUGUGUGUGGUGCGUGGCGUGCAGGUGUGGUGUGUGCGGUGAGCGAUCCCGCCAUUGUGCUGGUGGCGCUGAGCCUGACGCUGGGCAUAGUCAUCGGACUCACCCUCUUCGCAUUCCAGACCAAGUCAACCAGCCAGCCAGCCACACAUAUACACUAUCGAGAAAUCUGUAUUUGUGCGUGCGUGUGUGUGCGUGUGCGAUGUGUCUUCAGAUACGACUUCACGUCGUGGGCGCCGUACCUGUUUGUGGUGGCGCUUGGGUUCUUCCUGACGGGUCUGAUGAUGGGCAUCAUGGGCAUGUUUGGGGUGCACAUCAAGCUGCUCCACAUCCUCUACUGCGGCUUCGGUGUCAUCCUAUUCUCGAUCUACCUCGUUUUCGACACACAGGUGAGUGAGGUGACCCACCAGCCAGCCAGCCAGCGGAAGGAGCAUCCCGGCUGCAUAUAUGCUGUGUCUGUCUGUGUGGCUCAGAUGAUCGUGGGUGCCAAGCACGCCAGAUUUGAGUUCUCGGUGGACGACUACUGCUUUGCGGCUCUGAUGCUCUACAUCGACAUCAUCCAGGUUCCUCAUGACACACACACGCACACACACACACAUACGCAGGAGAACUGAUACGCAGAGACGUGCGUCUUUCUGUUGUCUUGUGUGUCAGAUAUUCCUCUACUUGCUCCGCCUCCUCCAAAUGCUCAGGAGCUCAGACUGACACACACCAAGCCGGCCGCAUAGCAAACAGACAGACAUACAAACGUACGGCAGAAGCUUUGCGGAUUUCUCAAUGUGAAGCAACACGUGCCUUCGUGUUCAUGUUGUAUUGGC